AUGGAUAUCAUUCUAAUACGAGUGUGCCAGGAAACCGAGUAUUUCAGCGAGAUGAAAUGCUUGAAAACGGGAAGCAGUAUUAUGGAUCGGAAGAGCAAGCUAUUCAAAUGCUCUCCGUACUUGGACGAAGUGAGCAUACUGCGCGUCAAGGGAAGAAUCGACCUAAUAGAAGGAGUCGAAGUAAACCUAAAGCGACCCAUAAUCCUACCAAGAAGACAUCGAUUUACAUUUCUGCUGGUUGAGUCGUAUCAUCGCCGGUACCAUCAUCUGUACGACGAGAUCGUGGUCAAUGAACUACGGCAAAAGUUCCUGAUAUUUGGUCUGAGAGCCUUGGUGAGAGAGGUUUCUCAAACUUGUCCAGCAUGCCGGAUGAGGUGCGCGCGUCCUAGGCCUCCAGAAAUGGGAAGUCUACCGCGUGAGCGUUUGGCGCACCACAUGGCGCCGUUCACCUAUACAGGAGUGGAUUACUUUGGGCCCAUCGACAUCAUCGUUGACUACGGCACGAGAAGCGCUGGGGUGUUCUGUUCACAUGCCUCACAAUUCGUGCCGUACACCUGA